AUGCCGUGGCUUUCGGCCGAGGCUGACUCGUCCAACCCGGAAACACUCAAUGAGAUCCCGCUCGAUGACAGCAGCUCCAAGCUACCGAGAGGCUCGGUCGACUCUCGCAAGGCGGGGACUGCUCAGCGACUUUCCGAGCUGCGAGCAGAGAUGAAAGCGAACAAGGAACAGAUCGAACAGCUCACGGAAGCCCACCGCGCUGUCCAGACCGCGGUGUCUGGUAUCCAUGCGACGCAAGAGUACAUGAGUGUGGCGCCGAUGAGGGGAUCAGUCGACAACAACAUGCCGCCGGCGCGUAACGCAAGCACGCGUACCAAUGCCAGCAGGUACUCCGAGGUGCAGGCCCAGUCCGACCGCCCGGCGCAACCGCUCGACCAGCCCCCCGGAAUAGACCGACAAGGAUGGGUCGACGACGAGUACUACGACACCAACCCGUGGUACGGCAAAGGCAAGGAGAAGCCCGUCUUCAGUCUCGGAAAGCCGCUGCCGCACAAAAGCCGAGCCUGGUCAAAGAAGAAGCAACCCAAGAAGAAGCCUUCAGAGGCCGACCCGGAGAAAGGGGAAGCCGGCGUGAGCCCGAAGAAAUCCAAGAAGGGGAAGCGCGUGCAGAUCGCAGAGGGCGAGGACCAGGAGAUGAUGGGUAAGGACGGCCCGAACCAGAAUGGUGCUGGGUCGCCUCCUAUUUACGACCAUCAGCCCUGGGAGACCGACUUCCGUGUACCUGACCUCAAUGCCGGCGGUGGCAGUCGGAAGAGGGGCCCCGGGUAUGAGGAAGGUUCCAAGUACAAGGUUGACGGCGAGCCCGUGGGCCAGACUAAAGACGACGAGGCCGAGGAAGGCGAGACUGAUCCGGAAGAUCUCAGGAACUGGUGGGCUCGCAUGCGCGCAAAGUACCCCGAGCCGCUCGCUGAAUUCGCUUGUACUGGCCUGUCGGUUUUCCUCGGACUCUGUGCCACCCUCAGUGUCAACCUGAGUGCCAAUCAGGAGACGCAGUACGGCACCUACGAGACUGCUUGCUGGGCAUGGGGCUUCGCCUUCAUGCUGGGUAUCUACUUAGGCGGUGGCGUUUCCGGAGCGCACAUGAACCCAGCCAUCAGUAUCUGCUUGUCAAUCUUCCGUGGCUUCCCCUGGCGCCAAUGCGCCAUGUACAUCGUCGUGCAGUUUCUCGCCAGCAUCACGGCCGGAGCCAUGGCCUACGGCACCUACUACGACGCCAUCCACUACGUCGAUCCGACCAUGUCGUCGUCAUACAAGAGCUUCUUCUCCUCCCCGCAGGACUGGGUCUCGGUCGAAGGGGCGUUCUUCUCGCAGUUCGUCGCUGGAGCGGUCAUGAUGAUUGCCGUGUUCUCCCUUGGUGACGACCAGAACAACCCUCCUGGAGCCGGAAUGCAUGCUUUGAUCCUCGGUUUCCUCCAAGUUACCCUGAAGUUCUGCCUGGGCUACAACACCGGUUCUUCCCUGAACCCCGCGUCUGACUUCGGCCCCCGUCUCGUCGCCCUGUGGGUAGGCUACCGCACCCCAGCCCUGUUCGACAAUGCCUGGUGGAUAUACGGCCCGUGGGCCGCGGCUCUGACUGGGGCGUUGGCGGGCUGCAUCUUCUACGAUCUGUUCAUCUUUGUCGGGAGCGAGUCGCCGGUAAACUACCGAAUUCCCAAGGCUCUGCAUAACCGCAAGAAGCAGAUCAAGAACAUUGGGCGGAAGUUCUGA